UGAGGGUUGGGACUUAGGCGCUUGGAGAGCUGAAAGAUGGCUACCAGGGGUAGUAGAACCGAGAAAGUAAAGAGAAUCUUCCAACAAUUCGAUGCCAACAAAGAUGGAGGUCUUAACAGGGAAGAAAUGGCCGCGCUCGUCGUCGCAGUCAACCCUAGGGUUAAGUUCAGCGACGAGCAGAUCAGUGCCAUUCUUGACGAGGUCUUCCGUACCUACGGUGAGUUCAUCGACGGCGAAAAGGGUCUGAGCUACGAGGGCCUUCUCCGUACCUACGAUGACGGUGCCGGAGAUGUCGAUCGGGACUUUGACGCCCUCGGCCUCGAGCUCAAUUCCGACUCCGACAAAGCCAUGGACAUGGGUUCUGAGGCCUCUUCCUCCUCGAUUGCCGACGAGAGAGUGGUGGAGUCUCACAAGAAGCAUUCGACCGCUGCCUGGGCGGCUUCCCCUAACCAUGGGAUCGUCUUCGACGAUACGUGGAAGCUCAUCGAUGAUUUGGAGAUUCUGGUGAAGAGGCUCAAAGCGAAGCAGGCCAAGGAUGGGAGGAUGAAGGGGGAUAACGUCGAUGUGUACUCCGACGCCGGCUGGUCCACGGAAUUGGGACCGUCCUCGGACCUCUCCGAGAGAAAGGUCUUCUGGGACGAGUCAGGCCAUGACUACGCCGUGUUCGUCAAGGAGUUGGGUGCUCUGAGAAGCAGAGCAGACGGGGCGAGGUCCAGAGAAGAAGCUUUCGACGGGCACAAGGCGAUCGGUCGGGUCUUGUACGAGCACCAACUGUUCAAGGAAGCUCUGGUGAGCUUCAAGCGGGCUUGCGAACUUCAACCUACCGAUGUCAGGCCGCAUUUCAGAGCCGGUAACUGUCUGUACGUUCUGGGGAGGCACAUGGAGGCCAAGGAGGAGUUCCUCUUGGCUCUCGAGGCUGCCGAGGGCGGUGGGAAUCAGUUGUCUUACCUUCUUCCCCAAAUUCAUGUUAAUCUUGGGAUUUCCCUUGAGGGCGAAGGUAUGGUUUUAAGUGCUUGCGAGCAUUACAGGGAAGCUGCAAUCUUUUGUCCCACCCACUUUAGGGCUUUGAAGCUUCUUGGUAGUGCGCUGUUUGGGGUGGGAGAGCAUAGGGCGGCCGAGAAGGCACUGGAAGAGGCUAUUUUCUUGAAACCAGACUAUGCAGAUGCACAUUGCGAUCUUGGCUCGGCUUUGCAUGCUAUGGGGGAGGACGAGAGGGCAAUUCAGGAGUUUCAGAAGGCCAUAGACUUGAAGCCUGGGCAUGUCGAUGCUUUGUACAAUCUGGGCGGGCUUUACAUGGAUAUGGGCAGGUAUCAGAGAGCUUCAGAGAUGUAUACCAGGGUCCUGGCUGUCUGGCCAAACCAUUGGAAGGCUCAGCUUAACAAGGCUGUGUCUUUGAUUGGAGCCAAUGAAGCUGAAGAGGCCAGGAAAGCACUAAAAGAAGCUUUCAAGAUGACAAAGAGAGUUGAAUUACAUGACGCUAUUGUUCAUUUGAAGCAGCUGCAGAGGAAGAAGCUCAAGGGUAAUGGUGGUGCUGAAGGGGAGGUCGCAUACAUUGUGGUGGAGCCAUCAAAGUUUAAGAAGGUGGGUAGCAAGACUACUCUGAGGCAGGACUUGGUUGGUGCUCUUGAAAUCAGGGCUUUCCAGAGGCUCACCAGGUUGAAUCGUUGUGAUGUUGAUCUUCUGAAGAAGGAAAUGAAUGAAACAGAAGUUCCAAUUUCCUAUUCUGGUUACGGUAUUCCUGAGAAAUCAAUCCGCAAGGCUACCUUGGAGGAAAUUCUCCGUAGAUUGCUUAAUUUCUUGAAGCCCGAGUCCUUCCAAGGAGCUGUUAAAGCUAUCAAUGAGAGGAUUCUUUCUGUAUUGGAUGUUUCAGGCUCUGGUAGGGUGGAUUUGGGCAUGUUCUAUGCUGUUCUUGCUCCCAUUUGUAGUGGCCUUCCUGAAAGACGCAAGAGGGUUGUCUUUGAUGCACUCCUGUGGCGACCUGUGAAUGAAGGUGGAAUCUAUAUCAAGAAAGCUGACGCAGUUAGGUACAUCAAAUUGUUGAGAGCUAUCUAUAUUCCUUCUAAUGGGGUCAGUGAAAUGCUGGAACUCCAUGGAGAAGCGGAUGUUUCACCAGUCUCCUUUUCAGAGUUCCUCGAGAUGUUCGAUGAUCGGGAUUGGGGUUUUGGAACAAUGUCUACCCUGUUAAAGCUUGAAACUGGGGACAGAAUACGCCAUGGUCGCUAUUCUUGCUCUCUGUGCCGCUACCCUAUUAUUGGGUCUCGCUUCAAGGAGAUGAAACUGCAUUUCAGUUUGUGUGGUCAAUGCUAUUGUGAAGGGAAGGUACCUUCUGCAUUCAAGCAGGAAGAGUACAAAUUCAAGGAGUAUAGGACUGAGGGUGAAGCCAUGAAAGAUAAGUUCAUGUUCUUCAGUUUGAAUUCUAAAAGCUCAUCAGAAAAUGAUCCAUAACUAGUAACUGUUGGAAGUUCUUGUAAUUUUCUCCAAAAUUGUGCCCGUGUAUAAUAAAUGUCCUUGGAUAGGGCGUCACUGAUAGAUAGAUUUGUGAAGUUAUUCUUUUCCUGGUUCAUCCGCACUUGUGAUUUUGAGUAGAUGAAAUCAUAGUUGUGUACAAUGUGUUCCUUCUAAUUUUCAUUCCCUCUGUAUAGGCAUAUUUGAUUCUUCUUCUUGUCA